GUUGAGACUUUGAGAGGCUCAUCUUUAAUUUUGUAUAAGAGAAGUAUUCACAGUCAGAAAGAUGUCCCUGGUGACAGAAGAGAUCAAAGCCAGUGCUUCAGAAGUAUAUCAUGGAGAUGAGAUUUGCCAAGAGAAAUCCAAGGCUUUGCUGGAGGAGAUGGGCAUGCCAGGAGGGCUUUUGCCCUUGAAAGACAUAGAAGAAUGUGGGUAUGUGAAGGACACAGGAUUCGUUUGGCUUAAACAGAAGAAGAGCAUAACCCACAAGUUUGAGAAGAUUGGGAAGCCUGUUUCCUAUGCAACUGAGGUCACAGCUUUUAUUGAGAAGAGCAAGAUAAAGAAGCUAACUGGUGUUAAAAGCAAGGAGCUUUUGAUUUGGGUCACACUGAGUGACAUCUCUGUUGAUGAUCCACCCACUGGAAAAAUCACAUUCAGGACCCCUGCAGGGCUGUCCAGAUCUUACCCUGAAUCAGCUUUUGAGAUUGAAGGCGAGUCCAUGGAGAAGAAAAGCACUGUAAUGCCGUGCCUCGUCUUUCUCCCCGUCUUAUCAAUCUACUCAUCUUGAUGCAUCCCAAAGUGA